CUCGGAAGCUGAGGCACACGGUAUGAGUGUCUCAGACGUUCCUGUGAAGAUCUCGGUGCCCGUGACGAAUGUUCCGAAAGCUGAGCUCCUCGGGUUCGCCGCGGAGUCGCUGCUCUUCGGUGUCUUCGCCAUUCUGGCCUCGAUCUCGUUAUGGAUCUUGAUAUACAGGCAAAAGCGCUUGCGGCCGGCAUCGAGAGUCAACAUGUCCAUGGCCGGAAUCACGAUAGCGAUGCUCAUGUUGGCCGGCGCGCACCUCAUUAUCGACGUCCAGCGGACCAUACGUGGCUUUCUCGGAGACACACCGGGCGGCCCUAGCGCGUUCUUCGGGCUGAGGGUGGAUAACCCUACCUAUGUCGCGAAACCAGUUCUUUUCACUGCGAUCACGACGAUUGGAGACUGCUUCAUGGCAUAUCGCACAUUCGUUUUGUGGGAGCGCAAUUGGGCAGCGAUUACGUUCCCGGUUCUCCUCAUUCUUGGCACUGUGGUGACCGGCAUCGGGUCAGCGUAUGGAUUCGCAAUGAGUACCCCGGACGGACCAGGGAUCUUUACGCCGGACGUGAUCGCGUGGACAACAGCCUUCUUGUCGCUCUCGCUAGUUACAAACCUGAUCACCACUCUUCUUCUGCUUGGUCGUAUUCUCUGGUUCGCAAGGGACAACCGCGGAAACAAGGGAGGGCUCACCGCAUCAGUGCAUUGGAAAGUCAUGAAGGCGGUGUUCUGUUCAGAAGGAAUCUACUCGGCCGCGCUCAUCGCCAACCUCGGCGUGUACUCCGCCGCAUCUAGCGCAGUUUACACCAUCAUGGACAUCCUCCCGCCUCUCGUCGUGAGUGCCACAUCGACUACCUGGGCCACGCUUUACCAUCUGACGAUAUCUUCGUAUUGGCAGGGCAUCUCAUUUACGCUCAUCAUCCUACGCAUCGGCCUCGACGAGGCGGUCUUGGGCCACUCGGGAAGCGUGGAGAUUAUCGAGAGUUCAUCUGCGCUUCCGCAGAGACGAGGCCAUGCCGUCUCAAGUUCUCCCAUUCAGUUCACACGGGCCGUGUCUUGCAUGUGGGAUACCGCCAAUGGCCGGGCCAUGGACGUUGAGGGGAAGGGACCGACCCUAUAA